AUGAAGACGACGUGUUUGUUGAUAGCUCUGGUUGGUACUGUCCAAUGUAUGAGAGAACAGGCGGUCGGAGUAGAGGGCACUCUACUUUGCGGUGAUAAGCCGGCUGCCAAUGUUCGCGUUGCGCUGUGGGAUGAAGAUGAUGGUAAGUUUUUGUUUUAUCGCCAAAAGUUACACUACAUAUUAAUUUAACCUAACAUUGCUUUUCCUGCUAGAACUCUUACCUUUAUAUCUAAAAAGUAAUGUUUUAGUCUGAAAUUUCAUUUGUCAUUAGCAGGUUUCACAUAUAAGUCAAACAUUACAUUUGCAAGCUGAAACAAAUUUGAUAAUUCUUUAAUCUUAAGAUUAGUUCCUAAGCCUAAAAUUACACUUUACAAAAUUCCAGGACCAGACCCAGAUGACAAACUUCAAGAAGGCCGUACUGACUCCUCAGGCAAAUUCAAGCUUUCCGGAUCCACCAAGGAAUUGACCAACAUUGACCCCGUCUUCAAGGUAUACCACGACUGUGACGAUAGUAUCAAGCCCGGUCAACGCAAAGUCAGAUUCCGCAUCCCAUCCCAAUACAUCACUUCCGGUACCACCCCCAAGAAGUUCUUCAACAUUGGUACUAUCAACUUGGAAAUCGGCUUUGCCAAGGAAGACCGAGAACUUUUGUCAUAA